AUGGGUGAUCGACAGAGAGUUUUAAGAGCUGAAGAUAUGGCCACGACCAGUACAGCAGUGACAACAGUGUCGCCCCAACUACAAGAGGUAAAUAGAAAAACAACCUUAUCAACUUUGUUUGAAGCAGUGUUCGAGAUAUUUGCAAAUAUCGUUGCAAUGUUUAACAUAGAAAGGACAGUAAUGAAAUUUUUGAAACCAUCAAAGUGUUUUUUCAUGCCUCAAAAAAUUAUAAAAGCAAGAUAUUCAACAAAAUGUGAUGGUUUACUCAAUGAUAUCAAUGUAAUUGAUUUAACGCGAGUUGUUGCGGGUCCAUUUUGUACUAUGACUUUGGGAGAUUUAGGUGCGAAUAUAAUUAAAGUGGAAAGUUUAGAUGGCGAUGAAGCUAGGAAAUGGGGUCCACCUUUUAUUGAAGGCUCAAACGAUUCCUACUACUUUUUAUCAAUUAACAGAAACAAGAAAAGUAUUUGUAUUGAUUUAAAAACCCUAGAAGGGAAACAAAUAUUAUAUGAUCUUGCAAGAAAAUGUGAUGUAGUAGUUGAGAACUUUUUGCCAGGCAAAUUAGAUAAACUUGGUAUUGGUUAUAACAAGUUAAACAGUAUUAAUUCUAAGAUAAUAUAUUGUGCUAUAACAGGCUUUGGGCCAAAUGGGCCUUAUGCAAGAAAGCCUGGUUAUGAUGUGAUUGCUGCAGCUAUGGGUGGCUUGUUAAAUUCAACUGGUGAAAGAAACGGCAACCCUGUUAAGCCAGGUGUUGCUAUUACUGAUGUAACCACUGGUUUACAUGCUUUUGGAGCUAUAAUGACAGCAUUGUACUAUCGCAAUAAAACUGGACGUGGACAAAAAAUAGAUUGCAACCUACUCUCUACUCAAAUAUCAAGUAUGAUAAACAUAGCUAAUAUUUAUUUAAACUGUGGUAUUGAAGGAGAGAAAUGGGGUACAGCACAUGCCAAUUUGGUACCUUACCAAGCAUUCAAAACUAAAGACGGAGACAUUGUCAUUGGUACAGGAUCCAAUGCUCAAUUUGUUGAUUUUUGCAAAUUAGUCAACAGAGAAGAUUUGAUAGAUGAUGAUAGAUUCAAAGAUAAUGCUUCUAGAGUUAAGCAUCGUGAUGAAAUCAUCAAAAUUAUUAGUGAGAUAAUAAAAACGAAAACUAAGAAAGAGUGGUCCGAGAUAUUUAAAAAUGCAACAUUUCCCAAUGGCCCUGUUAAUACAAUGAAGGAUGUUUUUGAUGAUCAACAUGUUAAAGAGAUUGGGCUGGUGAAGGAGUUACCGCACGAAGCUGCUGGAGUUGUGAAAACUGUGGGACCCCCUACAUUGUAUUCUGAAGGAGGGAAUAGAGCGAGAACAGGACCCCCUAUGCUCGGACAACAUACUAGAGAUAUCCUGUCAAACUUCUUAGGUUACCACAAUGCCAAAAUAAAUGGUUUGCUUGAACAAAGAAUUGGGUCAUCAGAACGCGUCGCAGUGAUAACACUCCGGCCGACGCGCACGCAACAAAGGAAGAAAGUCGUCUGGACAGAGGACACUGUCGAUAAUGAGAAUAUGAAUAAGAAGAAAUCUAAAUGUUGUUGUAUAUAUGAGAAGCCGCGCCGUUUCGACGAGUCGGAUUCAGAAGAGAGCGACGACGAGUGCGAGCAUUGCUUCGGCCACGUCGAGAGAAAACACAAAAAGCAUCAGCACCCUACCUCAACUGAACUUCAGGAGGCAACAGAACAAACAGCAUCGAUAACGCUACAGCCGAGCGAGCCUGCGCCGGCGCCGCCCGAUAAGUCCAUGGACGUA